CAAAUGAUCUAUCUCUAUUUUCAAACAAAGAACAUAUCCUAGAUAGUAGAGAGUCCCAGGGCUCGACUCUGAGUGCCCACCCCUCGGCCAAUUUAUCGAGUCGGUUCUUUCACACAACCGACUGCAACAACAACAAGAUAUGCUUCCUUUGAGUUAAUGGAGUUUUAGUUUCCCAUCGAACACUCUACUACUUCCUACUUCAAAUUGGUGACUAAAAGGAUAAUUCGUUUGAAAAUGGAUACAAAUCCGGGUGUUGCAAAUGUCGAGGAACCAGCUUCAUGGGAUGAACUUUACAACAUAAACUUGAUUCCCUCAGAAUUAUUUGUCAAAUUCCGCAAAGAAUAUGAAGGGUUUAGACUUGGUGUUAAUUUAGAGUUUUAUAAUUCACCAAUCAAUGAUUUCCAGACAAAGCUUGUACUAAAGCCUUUGUCUAAUGAGAGAAGAUGGAAGUUCAUAUAUGAGCCCAUACAUCAAGAUGUGCGCGUUCUUUCUAAGAAGAUUCCCAUAACAAAAUUCCUUAAUCUUCAGGUAGGCAUUGGUCAUAACUUUUCAUUAGGUGCUAUCGGGUGGAAAUGGAAGCUUACUUCAUGUUUGGGAGGAGAUAAUAUAUCUCGGAUUCGGAAUAAGACAUCACUUGGAUUGUGUGAGGGUGUGGAUUUCCGGUUUGGCUGGAGGGCUGAUUAUGUUCUUCCAGAAAUUACCGGUGCUCUAGGCACAGGAGAACCGUUAUUCAACAUGAACUCAGGACGCCUGGAAGCAUCACUUGACAGAGUUGAGGCUAUCUUCACACACGGAAAUGAACAAUAUCCCUGAGGGAAAUGUCAGGGCAGUAUGAAAAUCCUUCUAUGUCUUGUAUUCAUAGUUACAGACUUUACAGUUGCUCUUGUAUAUCUUUGUUUUCAUCCUUCACUUUCCCCCCUGUUUUUCUUCAGAUUAAGUCUGUUUUUUAUUUGUUGAGAAAUAAGCAUAUAGAAGUAUUAAUUUGACCUAUAAUUUAAGCUGGUUCA